CACACACAGACACAGGGAGCCACGCGCAAAUAUAUCGAGUGCGCAGAUUCUCAUCCGUUAACAACCGCUGGCUUCCUAAGGCACCCGCGGACGAAGAAACUACCGAACGGCUUGAUUAUCGUUUCGAUUAAAGUAGAGUCUAUGGCGGUUCCUGCUCACAGCCGCUGCAUGUGGAUGUUGGUUCUAGGCAUAUGCGUGUCAUUGGUGGUGGGAAUAGAAUGCAGAAAGGAGUGUACUCUUUGCCUGUACGGCCUGCUGGGACGGCAGUCUGGAUUCUCAUCCCUGACAUGUUCUCUUGAGUGCAAGGAUGAGUUGGAUAGCCAGAAGUUGCAUCUGUGCCAUGACUUAAUGUUGAAGGAAGACAACCAUAGUUCCCUGGAUGUUGACCCCCUGCCACAGCAGCAACAAGAAGCAGCAGGAGUCACGACGGCUGACAGUGAGGAUGAAAUAUCACUGGAACACCAGCUGACCAAAAAGUAUGGUGGCUUCAUGAAACGCUAUGGUGGUUUCAUGUCUCGCCGUUCCCCCUCUGCAGAGGCACAAGAAGAAUUGAGUGACCCUGAUGCAGAAGAAACCAUUUGCUUUGAGAUCCUAAAGAUUCUCAAAAGCGCAGGGAAGCACAGCAGUGAGGGAGAUGAUCAGGAAGGCAAGGCAGUGAAGAGGUAUGGAGGCUUUAUGCGUCGAGCUGACUUGGGGGAGGAACACCGUAACCUACUGGAGGCAGUGUUAGGCCGUGGGCUCAAGAAGCGUUACGGAGGGUUUAUGAGACGCGUUGGUAGGCCUGAGUGGCUGGUGGACAGCAGCAAGAAUGAUAGGGUGUUAAGACAGGCUUGGGAGAAUGGUAGUGAGCUACAGAAAAGGUAUGGGGGGUUCAUGGACUAGGAUGCCACGAUUAUGACCGUUUAAUCACUCCAUCCAUUCAACCUCCUCUUGUUAACCAAUCACCUGGUAGUGAGGACUUGCUGGAGUCAACUACCUGCCCCCUAUGCUAACUGCAUCACAUAAUCUGUCUUUGUAUGAUGUGCUACUGCCUAUUUCAUUGGUUAAUUUGGUUCUGUAUUAAUAAAAGAAGGCAAACAUAUGUAAUUUAGCUGUAAACAAAUUAUUUUUGAUCUUUUUGAUUGAUUGUGAUGAUAUUAUUUAUUAAAAGAAUUCAGUUGAGUGA